AUGGAUGAAAGUGGUUUCUGCGUUCUCUACCACAGAAAACCCAGGAUGAGUGUGUCCCCGAUCCGCAGUAUAACGUAUCCCUGGCGUUUCUCUAAAGCCUGCCCCUUACCUGCACAUGAGAGUUGGAGAGAACAAGCUGGCCCAUCAUAUGACCCAGACACCUCCGAGGAGUGGACUGGGGCCAAGAGGUCAGAGAUAAGGGCCAGGCGCGCCGCGUCCCCCGCCUCUGUAGGCUGGAAAGAUUCGGCCUCCUGCGCUCCCCCUUCUCCCUCCGCUCCGUCUCCAGAAGAAAAGGUCGGUCUGCGGGCUCCAGGGACGCGGCUGGUGGGGGCGAGCGACCCCGGAGCCGCGGCGGGAAACGGCCCAACGCGCGGUGCUGUCGCGGAGGGACCGCGCGGCCGCUGCCCCCGGUCCGGACCCCUGGCCGCCCGGAGCGCGCGGGUCACGGCGGUCAGGCUGGACCCCGCGCGCGGAGGCGGCUCCUGCGGGCCGGACGCACCGACGCGCAGAAGGAGCUCGGGUCCGCGACGAAGGCCCCUGCAGACGCGGGCUGAGAAAGACACAAGAAUCUGUCCACGCAGCCUCCUAUUAACCCGCUUCCACUGGAGGAGCCGAGCGGGACGCCUCCUGGAGCUCCUUGAGGGAGAGAAGAGUCGAUGCCCUGUUUGCACCCAUGGCGCAGCGCCUCACACAGAAUUGACUUGGGGUUAUUUCAGGUUUCCCCGGCAGCUUCCUUGGAGCCUGUCAGAAGUCAUGAGAUCUGCAGAACCGGUUGGAGAGUUGCAGACGCUCAAGCUCACCCAGUGCCGCCCCCGCGUUCCACAGAUGAAGACGCCAGGGAAGGGAAUGGCUAACCGACGGCUCAGCAUCACGCGGCGAGCUCCUGAGGGAGCCCGGAGUGGGAGCCGAGCCUCCUGCCCCGCCGCCCAGCCUUCCGUCACCACAUCCCGGCGCACCUCGCUAGGCGUGAAGAAGAAAACACCUUCCAGCCAUCACUGUUGACAAAGACGUGGGGACCGCUCACCGUACGGAGGCACAUUCCAACUAUUCGCCGGGAAUCCUUUUCCCUAUUGGGCAAUCUCCCUCAGUCCCACAGGGGUCAUGCGUGUGACUUCAGGCACUGGGGCGGCCCUGGUCUCCGUGUAUAGCGCGGCCCACACUGUCGCUCCAGCGUGUGACGCACACACAGCUCACAGUCCUGC